AUGUUAAUACGAUUGAUAAUCUCUUUUAUUUUAAUUUAUUCUUUUACUCAAUCAUUUAUUUUCGCACUUCAUUUACAUGGACAUUAUUCAACAAAAGAAUUUUUUCGUUUAUUAACGAAAUUUGGUAUACAAAAAACUGAUCAACAUCGUCCAGAUGAUACAUUUGGUUAUAUAUAUGGUAAUAUAACACUUGAUUGUCCUAUAAAUAAUUGUUCAUUAACAAAAACAAUUUUAUUUCUUAUUCUUGAUUAUGAUUAUUUUUUACCAUUAUAUAAAAAACAACGUAUGCAAUCAUGUUCUGAUAUGAUGAAACAAAUUCAAACAAUUGCAUUUCAUAGACAAUGUAAUGUAGAUGGUACAGAAGAUUUUUGGCGUCAUAUACCAUGCCAACAAGAUCAAUUAUGUUCUGAUGAAGAUCAACCACAUAAUGUUAUACAUAAUCAACAAUUUACAUUUAAAAUACGUGAUAUUAAUCAACCAAGAUUUUGGUAUUUAAGUUUAAUAUCAUGUUAUUGGGAUCCAACAACGUGUCAUUGGGAAAAAGUCGAUGAUAAUAUUCAAAUAAAUUAUGAUAUAUGGAUUGUUAAUGGUAAUCCAGAAGCUAAAACUCGUGAUAAUCGUUUUGAAUAUCAUUUUUCAUUUGAUAUCUAUGAUCUUGUUGAAGUAUAUUCUAUUUGUAUAUUAUUCUAUUUAUUUAUUCCAUUACCUUUCCUUAUAAUUAAAAUGCGUUCAUUAAUAGAUAUAAAGCAUCCAAUAUUAAUAUCAUACUUUUUAUUUCAAUUAUUAUUCUUUAUUGGUAAUACUUUAAAUUUAUUGCAUUAUUUUAUUUUUGCAUAUAAUGGUAUUGGAGUUUAUAUAUUAAUACAUAUUGGAAAUUUAAUUACAAUAAUUGGUGAAUCAAUUCUUAUUCUUUUACUUUUAUUUAUUGCUAAAGGUUGGUUAGUAAAUACACCGGUCCUUCGUCAAGGAAAAAAGACAGUUAUGUUAUUUGUUCUCUAUACAAUAGCUUGUUGUUCGUGUUAUAUAUUAAGUAUAAUGACGAUAAAUCCAGUAACGGAUUCAAAUCAUUAUCAAACAUUUGCAAAUUAUUUUUCAUUAUUAUUUCGUUGUUUUGUAAUGCUUUUAUUUGUAUUUGAAUUAAAAGAAACAACACAAGAAGAAAAAAAUUUAGAAAAACUACAAUUUUUUCAUCAUUUUGGUGCAUGUUGUAUGGUUUGGUUUAUUUAUCCAACAGCAUUAAUAUUUAUAAUGUCAUUUGUUACAGAACUAUAUCGAGUUAAAUUAAUAAUAAGUGUUGUUACAUUAGUUAAUUUUUUAAGUAUAUUAAUUAUUUCCUACAUACUUUUUUCUCCUAAAACAUUUAUAAAUUUACCAAAACUACCAUCAAUUAAACAUGACGGUGAUAUAUUAAAUAAAACAAUUGAUACAAAUGGUUAUCAUAAAUCAAUUUUAACAGAGCAUGAUGAUGAUGAUGAUGAAGAAGAAGAAAUUGAAAUCUAUGGACCAUCACAUCUUUUAUUAAAUAACACUGCAAAAUGUCAAUCAAAUGCAAACGAUAAUAAUAGUAUAACAAUAAGUAAAAGAUUAAAAUCAAAAAAUAUUACAUCAAUAACGAUAGAUGAGGCACGAUCAAUGAAAGGUUUUAAUAAAAAUCAAAAAACAAAUGAUGUAAAAAAGAAACGUCGUAUACAUAGUGAUUCCAAUGAUAAUAAUUCAACAAAAAAACUAAAACCAUAUUCACAUUCAGAUUUAGAAUACAUUACAUCAACAUCAUCCAAUAAAAAUGAAAUUGAUAUUCAUCAUCAUCAUAUGAUUAAUAACGAGUUUUGUAAUGCAUGUGGUGAAUGUUUUGGUGAAAUGAUCUCAUGUAAUACAUGUUCGGCAACAUUUCAUCUUCUUUGUAUUAAUCCAUCGUUAUCAAAAGAAGAUAUUUCAAAAGAUUCUUAUUUUUGUGAAAAUUGUCGAACUAUAACAAAAACACAAGAAGAUUUCAUCAAUAAAAAUAAACAACAAAAAAUAAUUCUACCAUUUUCAUUUAAUCCAAAAAAAAAUUUACAUGGUAAUUCUUCAAAACAAACUCAACAAUAUCAUUCAAAAUUAGGACAAUUAAAAUUACCAACAGCAUCAAAUGGUCAAUCGUUGAUACAACCAUCAGGCGAAAUCAAAUUUCGUGCAAUAACUACUAAUAAUGAAAAAAAUAAAUCUUUAUCAUUAUCUUCAUCGAAUCUCAAACGAAAACGAAUUUAUUCAUCAUCAAUAAAAUUUCCUAUAGAUAAUUCAAUAAAAAUUUCUAAUACUCAUUUAGAUACAUUACAUCGUUUUUUCUUUUCAUGUCAACCAGAAGAAUUUCAUGGUCCAUCAUUAAUAUUAAAUGAUUCAAUCUAUAAUCAUAAUCAAAAAUAUUGUUUUAUAUGUCGAAAAUCUUCUUUAAUACAAGGACCAUCAAUACAUUGUGAUUAUUGUUCAUUAACAUAUCAUUUAGAUUGUUUAACACCACAAAUGACAACAUUACCAUUAUUAAAUGAAGAAUGGAUGUGUCCAAAUCAUAUUGAACCAAUUUUAGAUCAUUAUUUAACAAAAAAAAAUCAAUUUUCUACAAGUGAACGAGUAAAAAUUUAUCAUCAAUAUUCACAAAUGGAAGAAAAUAUUAUUUUACAAGAAUUUACUCAUAUAAAACAAACUAAAGAUAAUUUAUUAUCAAAUAAAAUAAAUAAUUAUCAAUUCGAACGUAUUAAUAUAAGUCAAAUACCUAAAACUAUUGAAGAUUUUUAUUUUAAAGCAAAUACGAAACAACAAAACAUUUGUAAAUCUAAAAUUAUUGAUAUAAAAGAAGAAACAGAAGAGAAAAUUAUACAGACUAAUCUCGUUUUCAAUCAAACUUCAUUUGCAUAUGAUCCAUGUGUAUGGGAUAUAUUACAAGCCAUACUUGAUCAUAUUGUUAAUAAUCAUAUUUAUGAAUUUUCAUCCAUAGACAAAUCAUUCAUUAAGAAUGAUUAUCAAACAGAAUAUUUAUCAAAAGAAAAAUGUAAUACUUUUAAUAGAAUUGAUACAUUAUUACAAGCUUUAAAUGAACCUAAUUGUACAUUAGAUGAAUGUAAAAAAAAUAAAAUAAAUAAUUGCGAUAUUCUUAUUUCGACUAGUGAUGAAGAAUUAUUAGAACAAAAACAAAUAUCAACAUCAUUAACAAAUACAUUUUCACAUUUGAUUGAUCUUUCACAAUUUCAUUUAUCUCAUGCUGCUCUUAUUCAUUUACAAUCACAAAAUGUUAUUUAUAUUCGUAAAUAUGUUAUUUGGUUUGGUUCAUCUUCAUUAAAUGAUAUAUGUUUAAAAAAUUUUAAUCAUUCUCAUACAUGUCAAUAUAUUUCUGAACGACAUGCUUGUUUAUAUUAUGAUAGAAAAAAUAAUUUAUUUGAAUUAUUAAAUUAUAGUGAAUAUGGAACAAUUGUUAAUGAUCUUCGUUAUGGUUUAAAUAUCAUAACUGAUAAUAAUAAUAAUAAACAAGAGAAUGAGAGUUUACCAAAAUGUUAUUGUUUAACUAAAUCAUAUUAUCAUUCAUCUUGGGAUGGAUCUGCUCAAAUUGAACAAGGAACAGUAAUCAAAAUUGGCUGUCAUGAUUUUCUUUUUUACCGACAUAUUGUCCGAUAA